AUGGACUCGCUCGAAGACACUGAACCCGUAGAGGCGCCUCUGUCGUACGACGAGGAAGUUCCGUACGAGAGGCAGGUCGCGGCUGAGCCGUCGCUGGCGGACCGGAUCAGCCGGAACAAGCUGUACCUGCUCGCCGACUCGACCGUGGCCCGGGCCGGGAAGCGCAAACGCGAGGACGACGACGACGAGAACGUGGAGGACUCGGUCGUCGACGCGGAGAUUGCCGCAGAGGACACUACGUAUCGGCCCAAUGCUCUGCUGGUAACCGGCACGCCCAUCUCGCAUCUGGACAACGACAAGAUAUUCGCGUACGGCGCGCACUACUCUGUCCGGCCUCUCGGCAUCGAAUGGGUCAACGACUCGAACGUCGUGCUCGUCUUCAAGUCCAGUCUCGCGGCGGAGGAAGCCCUCGGGCAGCUGCAGCGAGACCCGAAGCAGGAAACUGACGCCGAGGGCUUCGUGACCGCGCGGGGGAUCCCGAUGGCCAUGUGGCCACCGGAGGAGCGCAUCUCCGCCAGCCUCGGCAAGAGCAGCGAGUUGCGCGGCGCCCUGCGCGUCCGGUGGGCCCGCGUGGACGACGUCAAGAAGCCCAACGCCCGUCGCGAGUCCGAGUUCUACCGCAAACACGCGAGCAAGGACGACCGCCGUGGCGCUCCGACUGCUGAUGACGGCGAAGGUCCCGCGAAGCGCCGGCGUCAAGACGACGGUCCAGCCAAGCUCACGCGCGAGGAUCUCGACCAGGAGCUAGACAGCUUCUUGCAGCAGGGAGAUGAAGAGGAGGAAGACGCACCCGUCUCGAAGAUGUACGCGGACAAAGUGGAAGCGGAGGGAAAGUCGCUUUUAGAGCGUACAUCCGUCAUACGCGUUCACCCGUCCACACAAGAUGAAUUUGGCCGUAACAGUCGAUAUCGUGAACCGGAGCGAGAACAUCGGCCAAGGGGUGGACGCGGACGGCGGGAGGGCGAUAGAGCCGGGACUGGACCACGUCGCGGGGAACGCCGCUCGGAGCCACAGCGCACUGAGCCACGCCCACACAAGACUCAGCAAGAACUCGACGAUGAAUUGGAUGCCUUCCUGAGCGAACGCACUUGA